AAAAAGAAAAACGCAAAGCCCUCGUCCUCGUAUCCAUUCCAUCCGAUUCCGUCUCAUUGUUCUUCCCCACCCAUCCCGCUCGCCAGAUCUCUCUCUACAUCGCCUCCCCCUCCGCCCAUGUCGGUGUCGUCGCGUUUCGAGCUCCGGGCCCCGUCGAACCUUCACCAGCAGCCACCGCCUCCCGUCGGCAUGAGCGGCGAUGUGGGGACAUUCGCCGACGCAGGGAACCUCGAGCACUGUGCCAAGUACCUCAAUCAGACGCUCGUUACCUUCGGUUUCCCGGCCUCGCUCGACCUAUUCGCCACCGAUCCGGUGUCUAUUGCAAGAACAUGUAACUGCAUGUAUGCACUGCUGCAGCAGCGCCAGAGAGACAUUGAAUUCCGGGAAUCGACCAAUGAUCUGCGGCAACGUAUGCAGUCUGAUAUUUCAAGACUGGAAGCCAAGAUCGAAAGAAUGGAUGCCCAAUUGGCAGCAAAAGAUCGAGAGUUGGCCACUUUGACCCGAACGGAGGCCAAAAACACCGCAGCUCUGAAAGCUCAUAUUGAGAAGCUGCAGCAGGAACGCGACGAAUUUCAAAAAAUGGUUAUUGGAAAUCAGCAAGUACGCACCCAACAAAUUCAUGAAACGAAGAAGAAAGAAAAGGAAUACAUCAAAUUGCAGGAGAAGCUAAACCAAGUACUGAUGGAGAAGAAAAAGGAAUCAUCACGUUCAGGAAUGGAAAUAAUGAACUUGUUGCAGAAAGAGGGACGGCAGCGUGGAACAUGGACUGGAAAAAAGAAUGACAAUGACUACUACAAAAUGAUUGUUGAUGCAUAUGAAGUGAAGAAGCAAGAACUAGUCCAGGAGAAUGCUGAUUUGCGGGCACUGUUACGUUCAAUGGAGAUGGAUAUGCGCAAGUUCCUUAAUGCUCCAACUGGAUCAUCACAGGCUGUUGUUGCUGGUAAUGGAAGACAGGAGGCAGGGUCUCCCCAGCCCCCACUUGGUGGCAAGACGGAUGUCUUUGACUUGCCCUUUCACAUGGCCAGAGACCAGAUAGAGGAGAGUUUGCGCACUAAAAUGGCUUCAGUAAAGGCACGUAUGACACAACUUCAAGAUGCUCAAAAAGUUGCUGAAGUGACCUCGGAAGUUACCGAGCGUGAACUUGAGCUUGAAGCUCAGUUAGUUGAAGCCAGAAGCAUCAUCCAAGAGCAGGCGUCCAUCAUGUCUAAGCACUUCUCCAAGUCUGAUAAACCAAGCAGGAGGUUAAGUGGCCUGGAUGCCGAGCAUGAGGCGAUUCAUUCUGCUUCUACAGAUGUGUAAAGAUAUAUUCAUCGCGAAUUUCAGUUCUAGAAGGCCGCGAGGUACAUCAUGUUGAUCUGUGAUGGACGUCUCUUGUGUUGUACUGCCGUUAUAUUAUAACUCGUGAUAAACCUCUUCCCGCCAUGGUUGCCGCAGCCUAUGUAGCAUGAUACGCAGGAGCAUCUCUCCUGUCGUUGCUAACUGAUAAUCCCGCAGGUAUGGCAGCCUGGCUACUGGUAUUCCUCUUUGAUGAAACAGUCUUAUGCAGCCUGCUGUCUUCGGAAUGUAAUUGUGCCUGGCUAUUGACCCCUGCCAUUCUCACCUCGUUUUAGUUAAAUGAUGUAGUAUUUCUAUAAAAAAGUUAAAUGAUGUACUCCCUCUGUUCACUUCUAUAAGGUCCUGUAGACAUUUCAGACAGCAGCAUGACUUAUAAAAGUGAAUGGAGGGAGUAGUUCUUGUGGCAAA